AUGGGUUUGAUUCCAUUCAAGUACUUGUUAUUUCUAGUACUAGUAGUAGUGCCAGUGUCACAAAGCCAGGUUGAUGAAUGGCACGACAAUUACGGCGCAAAUGGGAAGGAGAAGGUAACUAGGUUACAUUUCUACCACCACGAGACGUCGAGUAGCAAAGAUCCAACCGUGGUAACAAUGGCCGAAGCACCAACAACUAAAAAUUCUCCUUCCUUCUUCGGUUUGCUAGGAAUGACUGAUAACAUACUGACUGAAGGACCUGAAGCAACCUCAACAUACUUGGGUCGAGCUCAAGGUCUGUUAGCUGCAUCCUCUCGAGAAGAAUUUACUCUUGUGAUGGCUACAAGUUUUGUGUUCAAAGGAGGGAAUUUCAGUGGGAGUAGUUUAAGUGUUUUGGGACGAAAUCCAUUUAUGGAUUCGGUACGUGAAUUGCCGGUUGUUGGUGGAACCGGUGCUUUCAGAUUCGCUCGUGGGUUUGCAGUGGUGAAAACACAUUGGGUUAAUGCAACUACACAUGAUUUGAUCGAAGAAUACCACAUGACAGUCAUGCACUACUAA